AUGAAAUCGCUCGUUAUUUUUGCGGAAGAAACAUUCACAAGCCAGUUCUCCUCUCCCUCAAGUAAAGAAAAGAAGUCAAUAAUGAAAACCGGGACAAAUUUGCGAAGACUAAUCACAACCAUACUGCAAAUCUUCUUUGCGUUGAUUCUAGUGGCCUAUCUAAUUGUAAACACCAUAUUCGAUGUAACUAGGUCUAAGCUUGUAUAUACGACGAUUUCCUAUGAGGACGUGGACUCGCUACCACCACCAGCCUUGUCAUUGUGCACUAAUGAUUCCAAUUAUAAUUUCAACUGCUCCACUUAUGGAAAAACUUCGGUGAAUUGCCCGGGAUUGCUUAAAUCUGUUAACGUUUCUAAUGACGCUACCUAUAAUGGUUGGUUCUCGAAGUGUUAUGUCAUUCAGACAACUUCUCCGCUUCUCCUUUCAAAACCGACAGUUCCUCCCGUACAAUGGACCGACUUUCAAUCCGCGUUAUUCAUAAGAUACUCUCUCUUCAAUGCAUCUUCAAUGACCAAAAUACAAUUAAUGUUGUGGAAUCCAUUCGAUUUGCCCUCUUCUUCAUCAUCGGCGUCUGAACUAUCCACAAAUACCACCCCACAAAUUCUAGAUCCGUACAGAUUAUCGCAAUGUGAUGCAUUUAAAGAACGAACGUAUACAUUUUAUUAUCAAAGGCAUAUAUUUUUGAAUGGUACCGAGAAAUGGGAUAUGGAUUAUAGAGCGGAACUUGAUGGUUCAUCGCACGCCUUUGGUAAAACUAGUUCUACCGGUGUAAUUCAUCUAAAACCAGGAAGCUUCCAGGUGCAAACCACUCGAGAAAAAUCCAUACUUCCCGGAACAUCAGUAUUCACAAAUUUUAUCGUCUUGGCUGCCGUGUUGUACACAACCUACUAUGCUCUGCUGGGUGGUCGAGGUAAAUAUCGAAUAACCGGCUUGGCACACAUGAUCACGCGAUACUUUCCUCAACAACAUUUGGAACGUCCAUCGAACACAUUUCGGAUAGUGAAUCCUACUGCUGAUGAUAUUCUAAAAGUUUAUUUAAGUGGGAUCAGCAAGGCUAAAUUUGAAAAGUAA